AUGGUCACCUUCAACCUCGCAUAUACAGCCCCUAUCAACCCCUCCGGCGCGUCGCCUGCCCUCACGAUUCCCCAGAUCUGGGCGGGUUUGGAGCGCAAAGUCCGACGCGCACAGGACUUCGUGCCCAUUAUUGAGGAGUGCAACGUGCUGUCCGAGGAAACAUCGCAGGAGACGGAUAACUUAACUGUCGUACGCGAGGUCCGGUUCGCGGCGGGCCAGGAGCCGGAUAGCGGUAGUGGAGGCAGACUGGUCAAGGAGAUAUGCACGCACUAUCCCCCAUGCCGUGUCGACUUCGGACAGCCGGACGGAAGCAAUAUCUCGAACAUUGUUAGCGAAGGACCUGGCGGAGAGUUGCUUAUGACGUAUGCGUUUGAGUGGAGAUACCCUGGUGUCAAGCAGGGAAGCGAGGAGGCGAAGAAGUUAGAGGAGAGAAGCUGGAAGACGGCGAGGAUGGCUGUUCAUGGUACCAUCGACACCGUACGUCGAUUAGUCAAGGACGGCGAAAUCCAGUAA